CGCGGACGGCUGCGGUGUUUUGGCCCGCGGGCGGAGCCGUAGCCACUCUCUGCCCUGGGGCCCGGGGUGGGGGGCGCGAUGUCGGAUAAGGAAGCGAUGCCGAGCGGAGGCGCCUCGCAGGCCCGCGCCGACACUAUCAGCGACAUCCAGGAGCUGAUGCGGCGCAAGGAGGAGAUUGAGGCGCAGAUCAAGGCGAAUUACGACGUGCUGGAGGGCCAAAAAGGAGUUGGAAUGAAUGAGCCGCUGGUGGACUGUGAGGGCUACCCCCGGGCAGACGUGGACCUGUACCAAGUCCGCACCGCGAGGCACAACAUCAUCUGCUUGCAGAAUGAUCACAAGGCGGUGAUGAAGCAGGUGGAGGAGGCCCUACACCAGCUGCAUGCUCGCGACAAGGAGAAGCAGGCUCGGGACAUGGCCGAAGCCCACAGAGAGGCCAUGAGCCACAGGCUGGGCCAGAGUGAGAGCCCUAGUCCUCCCCAGGCCUUCGCCAGAGUGAACAGCGUCAGCCCCGACUCCCCAGCUGGCAUCGCGGGUCUGCAAGUGGACGACGAGAUCGUGGAGUUUGGCUCUGUGAACGCGCAGAACUUCCAGUCCCUGCAGAACAUCAGCAGUGUGGUGCAGCACAGCGAGGGGAAGCCCCUGAACGUGACGGUGAUGCGCAGAGGGCAGAGACACCAGCUCAGGCUCGUCCCAACGCGCUGGGCCGGGAAGGGGCUGCUGGGCUGUAAGGUCGUGCCUCUGCAGAGAUGAGUGUCGCCGGCUCAGCAGGAAAGCACCUUCCCUCAACCGGGUGGUCUGGUGCGGAUGUCCUCGUUGUCUUCUCCACCGGAGGCGUAAGGAUCUGGAAGAGGCUGGAAGCCUGAACGUCGAGGGGUGCGACGCGGUGGCCUCCCGGUGUAAUCUCUCUGGAUUAAGGCAUUGUUUAAAACUUGAUUUGUGCUUCGCGUCUUUUGCAAAUUAGGCCACGGCCCUGAAUGGGAAUUCUCUGGACUGUGGCCCAGUGGGCAGGAGUCACUCUGGCAGAUGCUGAUACGACUUAAUUCUUUUAAGAUUUUUUUUUUUUUUUUCCCAAAUAAACACAGUUUUGCCAUGCUGAUAGGA